GUGGCAUGUCCCAUACUCCCAUUCCUCUUCCAAAGCUCCCGGCGACCGAUGGCCGCCGCCGCCGCCGCUUCCACCGCCGCCGGCACAGGGUACAAGCUCCUCCUCUCCUGCCCCGAAGGCCUCCCUCGAUCCCGGGUUUCGGUGAGGUUCGAUCCGUCGUUCGACAGGACCCCCCACCCCGACGCAUCCCUGGAAGAGUCUAUAUGCGAGAUAUGGAACCAGAGGCUCCAGCAGAACCCGUCGCUGUACAACGGUACCAAGUUUCGGUACGGAGGGCAUGCAUUGCACCACAGUGAUGAAUCAAGUCAGGAGUACUGUGUCUCACUUCAUUUGGGACUCACAGAUUAUAGGACAUUUGUUGGAACAAAUAUGAGUCCACUGUGGGAGAAAUUUUUGGUCUCCUCUGAAGAUGACUCUGUGUGUUGCCAACACAUGUCAAAUCCACUGGGAAAUGGUGCGAUCGUUGAAACAUCCGACGAAAAAAUUAUUUUAUUGCAAAGGAGCAACAAUGUCGGCGAGUCUCCAGGACACUAUGUUUUUCCUGGAGGACAUUCUGAGCCACAAGAAGCUGGAAUCUUGGCUCAUCAAAAUGACGAAAAAGAUGUUGCUGGUCUCAUUGACAGAAUUUCCGAUGAAAUGUUUGAUGGAAUUAUCCGUGAAGUAGUUGAGGAAACUGGAGUUCCUGCUAGUUCACUGACAGAACCCAUUCUCAUUGGAGUUUCUCAACGGGAAACGAAUGUUAGGCCAGCAGCGUUCUUUUAUAUGAGAUGUAACAUUGAUUCCGGCGCCAUAACUGAGCUUUAUGCUAGAGCUCAAGAUGGCUAUGAAUCCACUAAGCUCUGUGCAGUAUCACCGAAAGAAUUACGAGAAAUGAGCCAGCGGUUGCCUGGUUGCCACCUAGGGGGCUUUGCUCUGUAUCAACUUAUGAGGAACGCCUGGAAAAGUUCGUGAACAAACCAAUAUAAACUGGGUUCUUGAGAGUUAAGAUGGAAAGAAAUCCACAGCACACAAACUCGAGAAAGAUUACUGAGAUUCGGAUUAAAGAUGAUCAAGAGCAUUCUUCUGUAGACUAUAUGAGAUGUGCCCGUCUUCUUCGGCCGACAUUGUUCUUUACUGUCUGUUUUUCGUGCAGUGCAGGAGUGUAACCAGGUGAUUUUGAAACCACUAUUUGAGAUGAAGGGAAAAGGUGUGCUA